AGUCUCUCUCUCCCCUCUCUUUUAACAUUUUAUGGCCACACUCCUCUCUCUCUCUCUCUCUCUCUCUAAACCUAAAUAGCCAAGGGUUUCUCUCACUACAAGAUCAACGCAAUUUCCAAAUACCAUCCACGAAAUUCAAAACUUUUUGAGCUAAAAUUGCGUCACGAGAUCAGGAGUUUCGAUGGGUUUUCGAUCUUGGUUGAUUCUUCAAAAACCCCACCGACAACUUCAUCCAAAAUCAUCUACAUGAGGGUUCCAUUCGGUUUCAACAGUCGAAUUUAUGCCAAAGUUCGAUCUUUAUUGCUGCCUUUACUCAUAUGAGCAAUGAAAUCUUAACUUUUGUUCUUCCAAUUUUGUAGUGACUGUUGUGUUGUAGAUCAGAUAUCCGUGUAGGCUGUUUAUUAAUCUACUCGGUUUCAAUGGAGAUCGGUCUCAACAAACAACAAAAUACCAAAACAAGUGAAUUUAUGAGCUUUUCUAUUCGCGAGUAUGUUGCUGAAAUUCGCAAGAAAGAUCGGAAGAAAUGUUGGCCUUUUGGAUCAUUGGGUGAUCCUGAAAAGUACGAUGUUUUUGCUUCAUAUCAAUCGGUAGAUUCUACAUUCUUGUGUGGUCAAAACUAUCCCAGUGAUCGUAAUUAUGGUUCAGAUGAUAAACCAGAACAUAAACAAGCUUCAAAUCCAUCUAACAAAGAAACUCUCAAUGGAAAAGAAGAUCAAGAUCGAUCUCAAACUACACAUAUGAUUGAAUACCCAGAUUCAAUCAAUAUAUGCAAACGAGUCAACAAUGGAUACCCAGAUUCGAAAUCUUGCAAGGUGAUUUACAAGGAUCAAAACCGACCUGAAAAUAGUGCGAAUGGAAAUGGAGAUAACGAUAAACCUGGAAGAAAUCAGCCACGAAGGAAACAUCAGAAGCUUUGUUUGUUGUCUGAUAUAUUAAGGAAUCUUGACAACAUUAACACUAGAUCCACUACAGAUACUAAAGACGAGUCGGAUGACAUCACCUUGGAUGUUAAAGUUACCACAAUGUCAAAAAACAAGAUGAUGACAAAUGGUGUUGAAGAGACGAGAUUUGAAAAUGAAGAAAAGUCAAAGUGUGAAUCAAAAGACUCGCAUGAAAAUGAUUCGAGGAAAACUAGGAUUUACGACAUGGAUUUUCAGGCCAUGACAAAGCGUAGAAAGGUUAGACCAGUGGAGGAAAAAGGUAUCCAAUCUACAGAAACACCAAACGAAGAUUCUGAAAUGGAGGCUGUUAUGCUAUUGGCUACACAUUUUAACGAAGAGAAUCCUUCAAGUUCAACAGAUGAUGCAAAAAGAGUUCAAAUGGUUCAAUCGACAGUCGAAGGAGAAGCAAGCAAACAUAUCACUACUUAUUCACCAAUAUUAUCCUCAAGUACUUCUGGUGGGUAUCGAGCUGAAUUUAGGUAUGAUCAAGGCUUUGAAAUAGGGACGACUUGUGCUUGUGUCCAUAAAAAGAUCCGAGUGAGUUUAGGGACAGAGAAUAGGAGCUCAACAGCUGCCAUUUUUCAAAACAAUUUGACUCUUUUGUGCUCGAUUAAUAGGAAUCCAGCUGAUUUCAGCAUCCCGAACGCUCAAAAUAAUAAUCAUCACAACUUUGAAGUUGUUCCAAAUACAGGUUGCACAUAUGGAGAAUCUAUUGGGCUUUAUGGAUCAGAUGGACCGGGUAGGUCUUUGACUGGGCUAUGGUAUCAUCAGUUUGGACCAGUCCGAAUUUGUGGUAUUUGAGCUAUAACCUCAUCAUAUUCUUUUUUUUAAACCGUUAUACUGGUUCGGGGGGUUUUGGAUAGGUUUUUAUUUGUAUUUUCAUAAUAUUGUAUUUUGAGUUUAUUUAUUUAUAAUCAUGCUCUUGUAACAUAUUCUUGAACAUAUAAAUAUACAAAACGACGUAGUAUGAUGG